AUGGCCGACACGGACAUCAAGCGCGAAGAUGAGCAGCUGGACCGCCAGCCCGAGGAUGAGGACCUUGGAGACGAGGAGGAGAUUGCGGCGAUGAAGAAGCGCGUGGAAGAGAUGGAGCAGGAAGCUGCAAAGCUGCGGGAAAUGCAGGCCAGCAUCGACUCACAGACUGAGCAUCUACGCGAGAGCAAGGAGGACAUUGACGCACGGAGUAUCUUCGUGGGCAAUGUCGACUACGGCGCGAGUCCUGAGGAGAUUCAGGCGCACUUCCAGAGCUGUGGCUCGAUCAACCGCGUCACGAUACUAUUGGACAAGUUCACGGGACACCCCAAGGGCUAUGCGUACGUCGAGUUCUCGGAGCCAAACCUGGUCACCCAGGCUUUGGUUUUGAAUGACAGCGUGUUUCGAGGUCGUAGCCUCAAGGUCGUUCCGAAACGUACCAACUUACCCGGUAUGAACCGUGGUCGAGGAGGCGGCGGCGGUGGUGGUCGCGGUGGUCCUCGGGGCCGGGGUGGCUUUGGAGGUGGCUACGGCGCUCCUCCAAUGUACGGUGGUGGUCGAGGAGGCGGUGGUUAUGGCGGCGGCGGCCCGCCAAUGGGACGAGGCGGCUACAGAGGCGGAUACCGUCCUCGAGGUCGCGGCUACAACCCAUACUGA